AUGGCCGAUGCCGAGCGGGAUCGGCUCGAGCUCAACGACCGCAUCGACCGUCUCGAGAUCGAGAAGACGCAGCUCGAAGCCGUCAACGCGAGCAAGCUGGACGAGAACCGGCUCCUGCUCGAGCAGCUCGACGCCCUCAACAACACCGUCGCCGAUUCCGACACAAAGUCCAAGGCCCUCGAGGCGAGCCUUUUGUCCUCCCAGCAGACCAUCCGCCGGCUCGAAGCGGCGGCCGCCCGGGCCGCUGAUUCCGAGCGCCACAUCGCCAUCCUCGAGGAGGAGCAGGACAAGCUCCACCGCGAGCUGCGGUCCUCCAAGGAGCAUGGCCGCUCCCACGUCCAGCGCUUCAAGGAAGCCCAGCGCGGCCUCCUCGACAUGCAGGAUCAGCUCGAGCGCAUGGAGAGGGAGGCCCGCGAGGAGCGCGACCGCCACAUCGAGGUCAUCGAGAGGAUGGAGAGGCAGCGACAGGUGGACAAGCAGCUCGACACCGCCGCCGGACGGCUCAAGGGCGCCGCCGCCGCCAAGCAGAUCAACGAGCAGAAGAGCAACGGCGCCAUCGUCGGCCACUUCGUCCGCGACCUGCUUCAGGACAAUGCCAACCUGCAGCUCGGCAUCGCCGAGCUGAGGGAGAUGCUCAUCAGCUCAAACGACGAGAUCCAGCUGCUCAGGGAGAAGCUCAUCUUCCAUCAGCCCAUGCCCGAAGCCGGCAGCAGUCCCGGCUCGACUCUCCAGGCCGAGCUCGAGCCCGAGCCCGAGCGCGCACCCGAGCCCCUUCCCGACGCCAACACGCCGUCGCGGGAGUUUCACGUGCACCACCACUAUCACGUCGCCGCCAAGCAGGAGGCGAAGAAGCCGAAGAGGAAGCGGCAGGGCCUGCUGCCGGCCAUCCUGACGCCACCGGCCACCCACCCGGCCCCGGCCUCGCCCAGGAGCCCCGGCAGGGACAUGUCCGCCGUCGCCCCCUUGCUCUCGCGCGCCCCUUCGUACCCCGUCACGCCGACACCGUCCAAGUCGAGCGGCGGCUUCGCCGGCUCGUCCGGCACACCCUCCGAGUUCUCCUCGUCGGCGCCCGAUUCGCCACGCUCCGAGCUGCGCGGCCCCUCGUUCCAAGCCAGCCCUGCCUUGUCGGAGCAGCUCGCCUCCCCCGCGACGAGCUUCGACCCCAUGUCGCCGUCGUGGCCGUCGUCCCACAGCAAGAGGACGUCGUCGGCGUCGUCGCGGAGCUUCCAGUCGGCGUCCAUGUCCCUCGCCGGGUCCGUGCCCUCGACGCCGUCGGGCAAGCUGGCGGCGCAUCCAAGUCGCGACGCGCACACGAUCCACGAGGAGGAUGAGGAUUGCGAGCAACUACCGCCGCUGGAUCCGACGCCGGACCUUGUGCUGGAGAGCGUGUCGGCCGUUCAAGACUCGACGACCGAGUCGGACGCGUCCAAGGACGAUCCGCUUCCCCUCCCCCGGCUUCACAGAGCCGCCUCUCACGAGUCCAUCAUGUCCCUCACAGGCGGACUCGACAUCCAUACCCUCAAAUCUCGGCCCAGCCAGAUGAUGAUGCGUCCGCUCGGAGGCGCCGCCGCCGUCCUGACGGGUGUCACGGCCCAGCCGACGCUCGCGAGGGCGUCCUCCAAACGGAGCCAGGUGGCGCUUCGGGAUCGCUUUGCCGGCUUCCAAACGCCAAGGUCGGUCUCGAGCCCCAUCGCGCAGCCGGUAUCGACCCCGACCCCGCAGGGCGCCCGGCCCUUUGGCAAAUGGGUUGGAUGGCGCCCUUGGGGGGCGACCCCGGCGACGCCCAGCGAUUCGCCCAAAGCCGGCGGCAAGGACAGGGACAGGGACAAGGACAGGGACCGGGACGUGGACAGGGACGCGAACCGCCUGCCGGGCAUAAACCAGCCUGGCGUCAUCCCAGGUUUUCAGCAGUAUUGGGUCGCCCAGAGGCGCAAGGGCGCGCCCGCCAAGGUUACGGCGGAGACGAUCGACAGAGACGCGCUCGCCGAUGGCUUGCAAGAGUGA